AUGGGUGUUAAAGGCGUAGCUGUAAGUGUAGGCGCUAAAGGCGUAGGUGUAGGCGCUAAAGGCGUAGCUGUAGGUGUAGGCGCUAAAGACGUAGCUGUAAGUGUAGGCGCUAAAGGCGUAGCUGUAAGUGUAGGCGCUAACGACGUAGCUGUAGGUGUAUGCGCUAAAGACGUAGCUGUAGGUGUUUGCGCUAAAGGUGUAGCUGUAGGUGCUAAAGACGUAGCUGUAAGUGUAGGAGCUGAAGACGUAGGUGUAGGCGCUAAAGGCGUAGUUGUAGGUGCAGGUGUUAAAGUCGUAGCUGUAGGCGCACGUGUUAAAGUCGCAGCUGUAGGUGCAUGUGUUAAAGGCGUAGCUGUAGGUGUAGAUGCUCAAGGCGUAGCUGUAUGUGUAGAUACUAAGGGCGUUGCUGUUACCAACUGGGAUGUCCUCUGA